CGAAACCAAAACUGUUUUCUUUAUAAAGGCUCAUUUCCUCUGACACUCACCACUGCCACUCUUCUUCUCUUCAUUCCCCAUUUCUUCAACUUCUCAUUAUUAUUUAACCAUAACCAUUAAUUCAACAUACACUUCUAUUCUCUUCUUUUUUCUGAACCCACAUUAUGGGUUCUGUUUCCACCUUUUUCUUCAUUCUCCUUCCCCUCUUUUUAUCAUCCUCAAUCAAUGCAUCCAAAAAAACUUACAUAGUUCACAUGAAGGACCACAAUAAGCCUUCCGUGUACCAAACUCACCACGAUUGGUACACCGCAAGUCUCCAAUCACUUUCAAUUAACACCGAUUCUGAAUCGUCCGAUUCAGAUUCAGAUUCAGAUUUUGAUCCACUUCUCUAUUCUUACACAACCGCUUAUAACGGUUUCGCCGUUACACUUAACGACGAACAAGUCCAAUCACUAACCCGAUCCGACUCCGUUUUGGGCGUUUACGAAGACACCGUUUAUCAACUUCACACUACACGAACUCCACAGUUUCUUGGACUCGAAACUGAAACGGGUUUAUGGGAAGGACAUAGAACACAGGAGUUAGAUCAAGCUUCACAUGAUGUUAUCGUAGGGGUGCUUGACACUGGAGUGUGGCCUGAAUCUCUGAGUUUUAACGACGCUGGUUUGCCUGUAAUUCCCACGCGCUGGCGUGGCGCGUGUGAAGAUACGCCAGAUUUUAACGCUUCUCUUUGUAACAGAAAACUUAUCGGCGCUAGAAGCUUCUCUAAAGGUUUUCACAUGUCCAAUGGUUACGGAAAAACAAGCAACGAGGAGCCAAUUUCGCCUCGUGAUAGAGAUGGACAUGGGACCCACACGGCGAGUACCGCCGCGGGAUCGCAUGUUGCGAACGCGAGUUUUCUCGGUUACGCUACUGGAACUGCGAGAGGCAUGGCUCCUCAGGCGCGUGUUGCGGCUUACAAAGUUUGUUGGACUGAUGGUUGUUUCGCUUCCGAUAUUCUCGCCGGAAUGGAUCGUGCUAUUCAAGACGGCGUCGACGUGCUCUCUCUGUCACUCGGCGGUGAAUCUGUUCCUUAUUUUCGCGACACCGUCGCGAUCGGAGCUUUUGCGGCGGUUGAGCGUGGAAUCUUCGUUUCAUGCUCCGCCGGGAACAGUGGUCCUGCUAGAGCUUCAAUUGCCAACGUGGCGCCGUGGAUUAUGACGGUUGGAGCCGGGACGCUGGACCGGGACUUUCCGGCUUACGUAACGCUGGGGAACAAAAAGCGGCUUUCGGGAGUUUCUCUUUAUAGUGGAAAGGGAAUGGGAAGCGAACCGGUUGGUUUGGUUUAUUUUAAAGGUUCGAACCAUUCAGCGAAUAUUUGCAUGGCCGGUUCACUUGACCCGGCUUUGGUUCGUGGGAAAGUGGUUAUAUGCGAUAGAGGAAUUAGCGCGCGUGUGGAGAAAGGUAAAGUUGUGAGAGAUGCCGGUGGAAUUGGGAUGAUACUAGCGAACACGGCAGAGAGUGGGGAAGAGUUAGUUGCGGAUAGUCACCUGCUACCGGCUGUGGCGGUUGGGAAUACCAUUGGGGAUGAGAUUAGAGAAUAUGGAUCUUCUGAUCGUAAUCCAACGGCGGUGCUUAGUUUUGGUGGAACUAUUUUGAACGUUAGACCUUCACCUAUUGUGGCAGCUUUUAGUUCGAGGGGGCCCAAUAUGAUAACUAAAGAGAUUUUGAAACCGGAUGUUAUUGGGCCUGGUGUGAACAUUUUGGCAGGGUGGUCUGAUGCUGUUGGGCCCUCUGGCCUGGCUGGAGACAAUCGUAAAACACAGUUCAACAUCAUGUCAGGCACUUCAAUGUCUUGUCCACACAUAAGUGGGUUAGCUGCAUUGUUGAAAGCAGCUCAUCCAAAUUGGAGUCCAAGUGCAAUUAAAUCAGCUCUUAUGACAACAGCUUAUACACACGACAAUUCCAAGUCUCCACUUCGUGAUGCUGCUGGUAAAUCCUUUUCAACUCCAUGGGCUCAUGGUGCUGGCCAUGUCAACCCACAAAAAGCGUUUUCACCAGGCCUUGUUUAUGAUGCCUCAACAAAAGAUUACAUUACCUUCUUGUGUUCCUUAAACUACAACCCUGAACAAAUCCAACUCAUUGUUAAGCGACCUGAUGUCAAUUGCACCAACAAAUUCGCUAAUCCCGGUCAAUUGAAUUACCCCUCUUUCUCGAUUAUGUUUUCCAGCAAGAGAGUUGUGAGAUACACUCGUAUCUUGACGAAUGUUGGCGAAGCGGGUUCUGUUUAUAAUGUGGUGGUUGAUGGGCCGUCUUGGGUCGACAUAACGGUGAAGCCUUCAAGGCUUGUGUUUGAGAAAGUAGGGGAUAGAAAAAGGUACACAGUUACCUUUGUGUCAAAGAAGGGUGUUGAUACUUCUUCAGUUAGGAAUGGAUUUGGUAGCAUUCUAUGGAGCAAUACACAGCACCAAGUUAGAAGCCCAAUUGCUUUUGCUUGGACAGAGUUGUGAAUGAGUUUGUGGGUUUGUAUUUUAUUUAAUUCCCGUUUUCAAGCUCAACAAGCCUUUGAUUUUGGCAGGAGCAAAGAGAAGGUGCUUUGGUCCAAAAAAAAGAGAGAAAGAAGGUGCUUGAGACUUUGGUGACAUCCACAACAUAACAUUAUUAGUUGGAAGUUUAGAUGGUUGUGCUUUCUUCGUUGUGUUUUUUAAAUGUGGGAGAAUGUUGGUAAACAAGUUGAGAUUGAAAAAGGUAGGGAGGAGAUGUUUUAAUUUGGUUUAAUUGUUGUGUGAAUUGUGUACCAGCAAAACUAAUGUUACAAAACAAGAUUAAAAGUACUCUUGCUUCUCGGAUAUGAGCACAAAAA